CUUGCCUCAAAAUGGUUUGAUCCUGCUCAACUUUCCCAACUCGGGCUCUGAGCCGCUACCUGCAGAGCUAAGCGCUGCCUCACAGAAGACAGACUGCCUCAUCAUGGACAUAAGAUUGUUUUUUUCGAAGAAAAGAGCCAGGUUCAGUCCAAAGAGGGAGAGAUGAAAAAGGGGAAGGAGAGGAGAGAGUGCAGGGUCAGGAAGAAUCAGGAAGAGAACAAGGAGAGACUCUGGGAGAUGAGAGCGUGCAGACCAGGGAAAGAAAUGCUGUGCAUCACAUUUCAAAUAAAAGUCAAAAAUCAGUCCGAGGUCCAUUUUUGUUUUUUGUUUUUUGGUGCUUGGUAUAGGGGGCUGGUUUACUCCAGAAACAUACAUGCUAUUUAUGUGUAUGUUGAGGAGCUGCUGUAUCUAAAUGAGUCGUCUUUUCCCAGAAAUUAGGACUACGAUAUGUUUCUUUUAAGAUUCCAGUGCAUUCCUCCUUUGUGGUGAUUCCGCAUUUAAAUAAACUUUAUCAGAUUGGAUGGUUUAGUCACAGACCUUUUCAAAAAGUGUUAUGCUUUUCUUUCACAAACGUGGGAGUGAAACUGCAUUAAAACGUACAAAACAAUGAAGAAAUUUAUCUUGCCUGGCUGGGCACCUCUGGGUGCUCAGCACCCCUAAACCUCUGAUCCUAGAAUCGCCCCUGCUGUAGCCUCGAGCACACAGUCUGACCAAUCACCUGUCUGGAGACUGAGAUUGGUUGAUUAAAUGAGUCAGGUCUGGUGUGAUGCUGCUUAGUUGGAACAAAAACCUGCAGCCACACCGGCCCUUUGUGGAAUGAGUUUGACAUCCCUGGCCUAGGUCAUGGAGGUUUAGCAUGAAGGUGGGGUGGGGUGAGGAUGCAGAGCAGAAAGCUUUCCCUGGGUGUCUCUAGUGCCAGCUUCCUCUUAUUUAGCAUUUGAUCCUGCUCUUGGCUGUACUGCUCAAUGCAGCAGCCUUAUUUUCAGCACCUAGUUGAUGGCUGCCAAUAUUUAGAACGAAGUCCUGUCGCUGUUCUUCAACAGAAGCUUAGAAAUACUGUAAACGAACACACCUGACCUAUGUGGGCCAAAGGUUUGGAGGUUCAUUUUUAUGUCAUUCCUUUUCUCCAUUUUCAACAGAUGAUUAAAAAACAGCAGUUUGCACUAUGAACUCCUGUUUUUCACACUGUGCCAGGUGUUCUGUACCUCCACACCUGCCGCUCAGCUGUGGGCUUUUUCUCACGCUUGCUGCUGUUUUUUUACUCUCCAGUCCUUUAGCGACACUACUGCCGUGAGCCGGAGCCGAUAAACCAUCUGGCCGGCUCCUGAAACAGAUAGCAGCCUCUUAGUGGAGUGAAAAAGUAAAAGCAAUUAAAGCUGCAAGCAGUGUUGGACGGGUUCUCGCAUCCUUGCUGGUCGGCGAGUCCAUGCAUGUCCACCAGGUGGUGUUUCGACCGAGAGUGCAUGUCGAACUGUGCACGUGAUGAAGGUUGGACUCUGAUCACACAUGUAAAAUUUCAGGCAGAUUGGACCAUGUACAGGCUAGUCAUAAAGCUUUUCCUAUCCAUCCACCAGGUGGCGCUGCAACCGAGAGUGUAUUUUGGCCUACGGAUGUGAUCAGGAUUGGUCUCUGAUCACACAUGUAAAGUUUCAAGCACAUCGGAGCAUGUGCAGGCUAGUUUUAGAGCAUUUGCUCCCAUCCAGCAGGCGGUGCUAUGACUAGGGCUUUAAAUCAGCAUGUGAACGUGAUCAGGACAGGACAUUUUUUAAAUAUUUUUAAGACUUUUUUUUUUAUAAUUGUAGCUCUCAUAUAGAAGUCCAACUUCUUUUGGAUCCUUGUGGAGACUUUAGUCUUAGAGUUUGUAAAGCUGUUGAGUUUUUAGAGUCACAUGGAUUGUUUUGACAUUUAAUAGAGAGUUUAGUGUCUGAUUGUAAUUCUGUUCAGUGAAUGGAUAAUUGAAGUUAUGAAGAUAUGUUUUGUUAUUGCUUCAGCACUUUUUAUUGUUUAGUUGACUGAUGUGGUCAACUUGAAGCUGUUGAGUGUGUGCAUUCAAAUCCUCCAAGACAAAUGUUACAAAGUGGUUGCUGGAGUUAUUUCAAUUAUGCAGAUAUUUAUGGAAAAUACUGAAAUGUGUUGUGCACAUCCAGCCACAGAAUUUUUAUCCAUAUUUUACAUGAAGAACCAUUUUCAACACUGCCUGCCCUUGCUCUGUUUUUUUUUUCUGCUCAAUGUUUUUUAAUGAACCCCUAAUGUUAUCUCUAUAAUAAGAUUUUAACAGGCAAAAUGCUCGUAAAUUACACCAGAAUGCAGGAAAUAGGAUCAGUAAUUUUCAAAAUUUUCUGGGGGAUGGUCCCCAGAUCCCCUGUCAGCGUCCCACACAAACCAAAUCUUACUCUGUUGUCUGGUCACAAGUUGGCAGUCCUGUAUUUACAUGGUGGUCGGUUUACAUUUCACUGAGCAAACACAUUCUUCAGUACAGGAGGGUGACUUCAUACACAAAACAAUGCGGGGCUUUUGUGUAAAAUGUGACGUAUCAGGUUACAUUUAAAGGUCAGUGCACAUAAUAUGAACUUACCUGGUGUUUCUUUAGGAGAGGCGGGUCAGUAGAGGGUUGCUCUUUGCACAGUGUAUCUAGAACAGCCUAUUUGCUGGCUUGCUGGCUGUGAUUGGAGGCUUCAGGGUGCGUCAAGUGAAACGUGAGAAGCUGUGAUCAGUACACCUGUGAGCUACGCCCAUCUCUGUUCCUGCCAGUUUGAGUUCAGAGUGCAGGAAAUGGCAGCUGCAACUAUUUCUGUCGAACAAGAUCAGUUCUGUUGUUCAGUGUGCCUGGAGGUUUUAAGAGACCCGGUGACAAUCCCCUGUGGACACAGCUACUGUCUGGAAUGUAUUGAAGACUACUGGAACAGGCCCAAGCAGAAAGGCCAGUACAGCUGCCCUCAGUGCAGGCAGGUGUUUAACCCGAGACCUCUGCUGAGCAGAAACACAGUUCUGGGUGAAGUGGUGGAGAAGUUUCAGCGAAGCGGAAUUCAAGCUGCUGCUCAGCACUCAGCCAAAGCAGAGGAGGUGAAAUGCAGUGUUUGCACAGGGAGAAAAAGCAGAGCUGUUAAGUCCUGCCUUCUGUGCUUGGAGUCUUACUGUGUGGCUCACUUGAGAGUCCAUGAAGAACACUUUAAUGGAAAGGCCCAUAAGCUGAUCCCAGCUUCAAAUGAGCUGAGAGAGAAGCUGUGUCCACAGCACGACAAACUACUGCGGCUGUACUGUCGCACUGAGCAGCAGUGUGUGUGUUCACAGUGUGUUAAAGAGCGGCACAGGGGCCACAACACGGUGCCAGUGGUGGAUGAGAGAGCAGCACAACAGAAAAAACUCCAAGAAACCGCUUUGAAGUCUGUGCAGAAAUUGAAGGACGUGGAGAAGGAGCUUCGAUAUGUUAUCAGAUACAUCAAGCACUCCACGGAGGCAGCGGUGGAGGAGAGUGAGAGGAUUUUCUCCAAGCUGAUCCGAUCCAUCGAGAAACAGAGCAGCGAGGUGAAGGAGGUGAUCAAAGUCCAGCAGAGAGCAGCUGUCAGUCAGGCUGAGGAGGUGCUGGAGAAGGUGCAGAGGGAGAUAGUGGAGCUCAGGAAGACUGAGGCUGAGCUGGAGAAGCUGUCCCACACUGAGGACCACGUCCACUUCCUCCAGAAGUGCAAGUCUCUUCAUUUCCCUAUGAAGACCGUGGAGAUGCCCAGUACUGAUGCACUUCACUAUCAGAUGUAUAAAACCACGAGAGGAGCUCUGGCUGACCUGAAGGACAGUCUGGAUGAAACACUUCAAAUAGAAUUCAACAGAAUAUCCGAUAAGGUGAUUUCACUGAAGGAAAGCAGCAAUCGGAGUACCUCAGAGAAGACUAAAGCUAAAGACCCUGACAUACCAUACAACUCAGAGCCAAAGGCAAGAGCUGAUUUCCUACAAUACUACAAUGACAUAACCCUGGACCCGAACACCGCCAACUCUUAUCUAUGCUUCACUGAUGGCCGACGAGGAGUGACCACACGUUCUGAUCCACAGCCCUACCCGGACCACCCGGACCGCUUCACCAGCUGGGCCCAGGUCCUGUGCAGAGCCGGCAUGGCUGGACGCUGCUACUGGGAGGUGGAGUGGGCUGGAAACGGAGGGGUUUCCAUCGGUGUCUGCUACAAAAACAUAGGCAGGAGUGGAGGAGGGAGCGACUGCAAGCUGGGACACAACGCCAAAUCCUGGAGCCUGGACUGCUCGUACACAGUCUGCUCAUUUCAGCACAAUAAGGAGAGCGUGGCCAUCGAUGCUCCCUGCAGCAGCAGAAUAGGAGUGUAUCUGGAUUUCAGAGGUGGAACUUUAUGCUUCUACAAUGUUUCCGAUUCAAUGGUUCUACUUCAUAAAGCAAAGACCUCGUUCACGCAGCCUGUAUACCCAGGAUUCUGGGUAGGGCUGGGCUCUACCCUGAAGCUGUGUUCACUUUAAGUGUGAAAUUGACUGCAAUGUAUCAAAAGCAGUCUUCAAGUUCUCUUGUAAAUAAUUAGAUUAUAAGCUAAGUAAUAAAUCUGAGACAGAGGUUUGUGCUCAAAGCUUAGCUUUAUUAACCGUACAAGCCGGGAGCAGCAGCAACACUUUGGUGAAGCAAGAAAAGUGCUGGUGGAGCUCAGAUCUUAUUGAAGGCAGCAACAUCUACGCUCUGGACCUGCAGAGGAAGAAAUCAAAUAUGUUAAGUUAUGUAUUUAUUUGAACAUUAUGAAAGGUAAUGAAAAUAAAGCUUUAAUUCAAAAAUUUA